AUACACUCAAGGACACUUUACAAUUCAACAAAAAGAACAUAUAACAAGACAAUACAAGUUACAUACAAGAAGAUGAGAAGAGAUGAGUGACAGGAGCCUGAAAUGGAUAAUAGAUUUUUCCUCACGAAGACUAAGAGGAAGAGCCUUCCAAAUUUUAGCUGCUAUUACACUAAAAGCUCUGUCACCCAUAGUUGAUAAGCCGUGUUUAGGUACAGUGAGUAAGAAAGCGUGCGAUGGCCUUAGGACGUGUGCUGGAGAGUGAGGAGGCAGAAGCUGACACAGAUAAUGAGGGGCUACAGCAUGCAGGGCUUUAAAGGUGAUGAGUGAUUUAUAUAUGAUUCUUGUAGAAACUGGCAGUAGAUCAUAGCGGACGGGAGUGACGCGAGCAGAUUUUUUAGCGUGUGUACGUAAGUAAACGAGCAGCAGAGUUCUGAACAAACUGCAGUCUAUUUAUAUAUUUAGUAGGGAGGCUAUAAAAUAAUGCAAUGCGAUAAUUCAGAUGGGUGGUCUUCUUCUCAGAACAUGCUGUCCACUGGUGUAGAGAGGAUGACAGGCAGGUGGCCAGACUCGAUAAGGGGAAACAGAAAACCGGUAGCACAUUUAACCCUGAUUCUCCGAGACGGUGUUUCUUUAUACCUGUUUGAGGGGUCUUAGGGUCUCCUUCUAUUUUAUUGACUACAGGUACAUAUUAGAAGAAGAAUAUUUGCAACAUUUCAGCUGUCUAAUAAUCCAUUUUGUUAUAAUGGAAAUAAUUCAUAUUUAUUAUUAUUUUCAAAAUCUAUUUCCAUGUGACAGCCGUGACUUUACAGACAUUUCACGAUCAGCAGUUUUUUUGCAGGGAGCCAGUGAUUUUAUUUUCCCAUAGCGCUGAGCAGGAUUUUUAAAACCUUGAUACUCCCUCAUAACAAAUUCUGUAAAACUUUUAUAGCUAACAACGGACUUAUUGAAGAACUCAGCCCAAGGUCAAUGUCAGCACAUUGAAGUUUGUUUAGUGUCUUAGUGUGGCCUGUCCCUUCUUUUCACAAUGAAAGCAUUGGAUAUCCAGAGGUUUGGGGAGGAUAAAGGCAGAAAAGUAUCUCAGCUACUGUACUUUGACUUUGUCUAAAUGCCUUUCAGACCGCAUGAGUCCCCAAUGUUUUACGUCAAAAGGUAAUAGCAAAAACUACAAAUAGGACAAUAUUUAAUAUCAAAUUUGUACAUACAUAGUGAUCUUUAUAUAAUAACUGACCAUUGUUCAUUUAUUUCAGUAACAUUUGGAAGUAAAAAGUGGCAUUUUUGAUAAAUCGUGGUCAUAACUGUGAGUACUGUGUGCGGAUUCUGGAGGUGCUGAUUUCACAGACAUCAUGAUGCACCGGUACAUUCGUGGUGCAGGUUACCGCCAUGGAUGCUGACGAUGAGCAAUACGGGAACAGCGCAAAGCUUGUUUACAGCAUCCUCCAGGGACAGCCGUACUUCUCCAUUGAGUCAGAAACAGGCAUCAUCCGGACGGCUCUAUCCAACAUGAACCGGGAGAACAGGGAGAAGUACCAGGUGGUGAUCCAAGCCAAGGACAUGGCGGGCCAGAUGGGGGGGCUCUCUGGGACCACCACCAUCAACAUCACCCUCACGGACGUCAACGACAGCCCGCCGCGAUUCGCACAUAGUUCUUACCAUCUGUCCGUUUUGGAAUCGGUGGAGAUCGGGUCAACGGUUGGACGGAUAAAAGCUAACGAUGCGGACAUUGGGGAGAACGCGGAAAUUCACUACAGCAUCAUGGAUGGUGAUGGGCAGGACAUGUUCACCAUCGUCACUGACCGAGUAACUCAGGAAGGCAUCAUCACCGUUAAGAAGCCACUGGACUAUGAAAGCAAGAGGAUAUACACCUUGAAAGUGGAGGCCACCAACACCCAUCUGGACCACCGGUUCCUGCACCUGGGUCCAUUCAAGGACACGGCGACGGUGAAGGUGAUGACACAGGACGUGGACGAGCCGCCGGUGUUCAGCAGGAACCCCUACAUCAUCGAGGUGCAUGAGGAUACAGCGGCAGGGAGCCUCAUUGGGGGUGUGACAGCCUGGGACCCAGACUCGGCCAAUCACCCAGUCAAGUACUCCAUCGACCGGCACACUGAUCUGGACCGGCUCUUUAAUAUCGAAUCUAGCAAUGGGACUAUCACAACGUUACUGGCCCUGGACAGAGAAAUGUCAAAGUGGCACAACAUUUCAGUCGUGGCCACGGAAAUAAAUAAUCCCCGUCAGACCACUCGAGUUCCCGUCUUCAUUAAGGUCCUGGACGUCAAUGACAAUGCUCCGGAGUUCGCCAUGUUUUAUGAAACCUUUGUGUGUGAAAACGUCAAAGCAGGUCAGCUGAUACAGACAAUAAGCGCCGUGGACACCGAUGAACCUCUCAUUGGGCACAAGUUCGCCUUCAGCCUGAGUUCCACCAAUCCCAACUUCACGAUUUUUGACAACGAAGAUAACACAGCCCGGAUCCUGACCAGACGGGGUGGAUUCAGUCGGAGAGAGACCAGUGUCUACCUGCUGCCAGUCGUCAUCUCGGACAACGAUUACCCAAUCCAGAGCAGCACGAGCACUCUGACCAUUGGCGUGUGUGCAUGUGACAGCCGGGGAAACAUGCAGUCAUGCAGCACGGAGGCGCUGCUGCGCUCAGCCGGGCUCAGCACGGGCGCCCUGGUGGCCAUCUUGCUCUGUGUCAUCAUCCUCCUCAUGAUCGUGGUCCUGUUCGCCGCCCUGAGGAGGCAGAAGAAGAAGGAGCCGCUGAUCAUCUCCAAGGAAGACGUGCGAGACAACGUGGUGAGCUACAACGACGAGGGCGGCGGCGAGGAGGACACACAGGCCUUCGACAUCGGCACGCUGCGCAACCCCGAGGUGAUGGAAGCUAACAAGCACCGUAGGGACAUCAUCCCUGAAAUGCUGUUCCCCUUCCGCCGGACGUCGCCCAUCAAGGACAACGCGGAUGUGCGUGACUUCAUCGGCGCAAGGCUGCAGGACAACGACGCCGACCCCACGGCGCCGCCCUAUGACUCGCUGGCCACGUACGCCUACGAGGGCAACGGCUCCCUCGCCGAAUCGCUCAGCUCGCUGGAGUCCGCCGCUACGGAGGGCGACCAGGAAUAUGAUUAUCUUAGCAGCUGGGGACCACAGUUUAAAAAGCUAGCAGACAUGUAUAUGGGAAAGGACAGUGACAAUGAUACUUAGCUACAAGCAGAUUUAAGUAAGUUCCGUUCAACCUAUCCCUACAAAAAAAAAAAGGAUAAAAUGGAUAGAUGGUAGGGGCAUCUCUUUUUACUUAAUAGAAACCGUUGAGACUUGUACUAUCCUGGCAGGAUCACGUUUUUUCACAUGAGGGUUUUUUACAUAAUCGCAUUUUUUGUGUUUUUCUUUUAUUUAAGCAGUAAAAUUGCCUUCAGAUUUUAGGGUUGUCUGUGGUGUGGAAAAUGUGUUUUGUAACCGAGAAGGGCAAAGGUGGUCUUGUACACUAUCAGUGUUUGUUUAUGGAGAAAACGAUUAAAAAAGGAAAAAAAAAAAAAACAGACCCACACUUUGAGAAACUGGACUUACUAUAGAUAAAUGUAUAAAACGUUUUAAUAU